GAUAAAAUUAAUAGAAACAAGAGAAAGGAUGUGCAGUGAAACACAACCAGACUCUUUACUGUUAUUCAAAGUCACGUCACCUUUCCAACAUGGAGGCUGUGCUGUUGUUUCCCUUCAUGUGGAUCUCCUUUAAGAUCUCUGUCACUUCUUUUUUUUAAUUUCAAGCGGUUCAGAAGACGCAGAAACCAGAGAUGGAACUCGAUGAUGCAGAUAACACAAAGGCGGCACAAACAUUGUGGGACUUUCAUAGAGAACAAGUGGAGAGAGGCUGCACAGGAGGAACCAGAGGAGAGGCCGGGAGGGAUGGACACGGACCCAACAACCUGCUGAGGGACGUCCAGAUGGAGGCCCCUCAGUGUGAGCAGAGGGGGGGUGAUUGGUCUGUAGUUCGACGCCACCUCCAGGAGCUGAUCAGGGAAAACUCCGAGCUGAGGAAGAGACUGACACUCGCUCUACAGCGCUGUCUGCUGGCCGGGCGAUGCACUGCGCACCAGGAGGAACUAACACAGACGGAGCUUCGCCUGUGGGACAGACGCCUCCUGCUGACGAGGACCGUCUCUGCCCAGAAGACAAAAACCAUCUCUUUCAUCAACGGAGACAUGAGACACGUUUUAGAAGACGGGAAAGUGGUGUAUUAUUAUGCCAGUGCACAGAUUACACACACCACCCACCCGAGUGGUCUGGAGAUCCUUCACUUCCCCAACCAGCAGAUCGGUAAGAGACCGGAAGAGAAGCGACACCCUGGAGGGAGGAGAGAGAUCGUGUUUCCAGACGAGACCAUCAAGUCUCUGGAGCCCGACGGCAGCGAGAGGACGAUCUUCAGCGACGGCACCAUCGUUCUCGUUUCACCGUCCGGGGAGAAGAUGAUUGAUUUCCCCAGCGGUGAAAGAGACGUCCACACUCCUCAGUUCCAGAGGAGGGAGUAUCCUGACGGGACGGUGAGGACCAUCUACCCAGACGGACGCCAGCAAACCCAGUACACAUCAGGACGAGUGCGAGAAAAGAUCAGAGUCACUCAAUCUGAAUAACUGUUUGUUACGCGUCAGCACUUUCAUCUGAAUAAGUGAUGAAGUUAUUAAUCUAGCAAGGAUAAGUCUCCCUGAGCUAAAACUGAGUCUGUCACUGAAAUGAAUUUAAUGUCUUUAAACUCCACAAAUAUAAAUGUUGAAAGUUUCUACUAACUGUACUAAACACAACUCACAAGAUUAUGAUUCAAUCAAUUUAUGAAUUAUUUUCUUUGUGCUGUUGUAAACACUUUAAAUAAUGUUAAACCACUUUCUUUGAAACUGAUAAGGAUAAAAAAAGAAAGAAAUCACAUGCUAAAUAAAAUCCAGAAAUUAAAGUUAAUAUUUUUUUUAAAUAAAUUAGGAAAAAAGUAUUAAGGCUCAAAUCAGAAUGUUUGCUUCCACGAUA